AUGUCCGACAAUAGUCAACCAGCCGUCCCAACCACCUCUCCUACUACCGGAAGAAUCACAAAAAUUCUACGCGACAUUUACGCGACCGGACGCGCGUCUGUUACAAUUGCCUUCAGACCGGACUUUGAGAUCACCCUGGGAGAUAAAUACGAUGAGAAAGAAGAUGGGGAUGGAAUCGAAGAGUCCGAGGGGAGUUCUAUUGAUCAGGACAAGAGCAAUGAAUUAAAGAAAGCUUUGGAAAUGUUGGCACAUGAAUGUGAACAUGAGAGUGGUGAGUCUGGUAAAAAAACCAACAUGAACGAAAGCGAAGAGGGAAUCGAUAGAAUAAAUGAACCGUACAGAAGUAUUGAUAGAGAAAGUGAUGGUGCGGAAAGUGAUAAAGGAAGCGUUAGAGAAGACGAUGAUGCUUCGGUCGAAACGAUUAUUGAAGAUAACUAUAAGGGAAACAACGAAGCAAGACAAAGCAUUGGCCCCGUACCUGUUAGUUCGUCCAACACUCACGAAUUCCCCGAUGGCCACACGAAAGAACAUAUCACUCCUUCCACUUGCAUCGAUUACACAUCACCUAUUAAAGAAGAUCCUUUAAUCACCAACAUGCCCCACUUGCCCCACUGCACGAGCGCCGACCUCAAUACCAUCGAACAGACGCAGGGAGAGUCCUCACAACCUAACACUGACUCUGAAACUGCGGACAAUAUUGAUGCUAUUCUCGCCGCUUUAACUGACCUUAGCUUGUCAAUAAUUAAUGCGCCCACCCUUGCUACUGUUGGGCACGCUGCUGUAGAAGAACAAACCAUCGCCACUCACGCAGAACAGGUACCUGAGACCAACGUCGACGGUAAAUGUAUCAUUGAAGAAAGUAGAACAAACGAGAAAAGUAUGAUGAUAGCUAAUACUAAGGCAACAAAACACAGGGAAAGUGUGCCAUCUCAAGGUUUGGAAUCUGCGUGUGAGCAGCCCAAUACAAUAAAUUCUGGACAUGUUCUCGAUGUGUUUGGGCGACCCAAUAUAAUGGAUAUUAUUGCGACAGGUCAUACGCUAGGACCACAAUAUCAGCAGCCGAUGAUGGUUAUUACCACCGAAGAUGACACUGCGACUACUGACACCGAGAAAGAAAGUAUUGAAGGAACAAAACUAAUGGUUGAACCUACCGACGUUACUGAAAUAAGUUCCAUCAAUUCGGCAUCAUUAUCUUUGGAGAAAUUACCAAGUAAAUCAGCCGCAAGUUCACCUUCAAAGAAAGUAACGAAAGCCAGUUCUGCCCCUAGUAUCCAAACAUUAGACGAAUGGACCUUGGCAGCCAGUAGAGAGGGUAUAACCGAGAGUCAAAUGGAUGGAAAUGAGACGACUACGCCAUCAGACGGAUUAAACACUCUCGAUGUCAAACCAACCCCAGAAUACAUACCCACAACGCUUGCGGAAAGCUCCAUUCCUCAAACCGCUCAACAACAAGAACAAGACUCCAACCCCAAAUCCCGCAGAUCCGUUCCCAGGUUUUCCGCGACAACAACCCCAUCUCUAUCCUUCUUGACGCCGACCCAAAAAUCCGUAAUUGCUCUUCUUCUCGCAGAUACCCUGCAAUCACGUGCAAUCCGGCCUUACUUUGAUCUCGACUGCCUUACCGACCCGGAAUACGUGAAGCUCUCACUGGGACAUGAGUUCCGUCGCAUGCGCGAUCGCCACAGAUCACGUCGUCAGCGUUUACGCUCUGCAUUCCGAUUCGGCGGCAUCGCUGUUUACCUUCGUCGCUAUCGCGAUUUGCUUGCUCCAAGUGAGCAGCGACAAUUGCUAAAGACGAGUUGGAAAGAAUUGAAGGUACAACGAAGGUUUGGUAUGAGAGUAUUUGAGUUGUUCGAGGUGUUUGGAGAACAGGCCUUUGGAAAAGUCAGAGGGAAUAGUAUUGAUUUUCUUGGCGAUUUGACGCAGGGGCAGUAUAGAGAGCUGAGAUUUUAUGUUAGAGGAGUUGAGAUAGAAGGAGAGAAGGAAUGA